AUGAAACAGACAUGUGAGAAUUUGGUCCUAGCUAGUGGAACAAGAAAGACAUGGAUCUCUAUUCAAUACGCAAUCAAAGGAUUUCCCCCAACGAAGAAGUCCCCCUGCUUUGUUUUCGCUCCGCUCGUGCGUGGCACUCCUUGCUCGCGGGGCGGCAUACCGAAAAAAGAAAGGUUUAGGAAAAAAAAGUGGAUUCCCUUUUGUGACCAAGAGCCCAUCUCGAAUACGAUGCAGUUAGGAGAAUUCCCCACCCGAACCUUUCUUAAGACCACCAAGCCCUCUCGAAUGAGUUCUACUAUAGAAGCUUUCAACUUCUUCUUCUACCGUUCAUGCCCUGCACAAAUUAGCCCUCGUAAGGAAUCUCGUGUGUCUGCUGGUGCUGGAGCUAAGGAUGCCCUUUUUUUUGUUUGUCUACUUCUGCUAGAGAAGAAAAGAAGUAGUAGAAAGAAGGAACUCGUCUGCCCCGUAACUAAGAACCUUGCCUUCGAGAACAGAAAGGAAGAUGUCCAUCAAUGUCAUUUUCUUACUAAUGAGAUUGAAUUACUAAGAGUGAAUUCAAAGAAGAAAGGGAUAAACCUACUCGCGCUAGAGGUCAGUCAAUCAGGCAUUCCACCUCGGAUCCAUCGUAUGAAAGCAAAGCAUCAGCAGGAGAAGCAGCAUAGGAAGGUGAAGAGCACGCUUCCCUUUAGUAAGAGAAUGAUGAAAAAUCUUCUUCUUUCUCUUUUACUUAGAUGGCACCUUGGCGAGGUCAAUUACAUCGAGCCUGUUAUUUUAGUUGCAAAUGGCACCACUAAAAAAGCAGUUUGUGGAAACAGACAUUUAGAAAGCAGAGUGAGAGACCCCUUCUCCAGGGGUGUGGGUGGGAAAGGAGCCAUUGGAAGGUGCUUGCUCAUCUGGCUAGGUACUGCCGGGUGGAAGACUGACCAGACAAGGGGUUUGGGAUUCCGUGGAGAAAAGCAAGUGAAAAAGAAAGCUUGCUGUCUGUCCGCUGCGGUUCCAGGAGGAAGUCGCAAGAAAGAAUUCAUGUCUAUUGAAGAACUCCUUCAAGGAAAAGUACAUAGUACUGAGACAGCUGGAAAUCCCAUAAGGAAGGAAGCAAUAUCAGAGUAG